AUGCAACCAAGAGAACGCAACAUACAUCAAAAAUCUUCCAUCGCCUCCAUCUCUGCCCUUGUCCUCCAUCUCUAUCGGUAUAAUGUUUCAUACCCAGCACUCUACGCCACUGAAGGAGAUACCAAGGAUUACAAACUCUUCAACUGUAUUCAGAGAGGGCAUCAGAAUUCGCUGGAAUCUCUGCCGAUCUUAUUUGUUUUGAUGGUUUUGGAAGGAUUUAAACACCCAUUUAUAUUUUCAGCUCUUGGAUUAGCGUACACAGUUACUCGGUUUUUCUAUUUCAAGGGUUACUCCUCCGGUGAUCCUAAGGGACGUCUCCCGAUUGGAGGAUGCUACGGUCUUGAAGAAGCAAUAAAUUGCGAUCCAAACUGA